AUGCUAAGAAGCCUGCUACUCAGCCCCCUCACAAUUUGCGCCAAGAACCAAAGGCCACGGCUCCAUCAAUCAGGCAAGCCAGUUUGCAACCGCAGGCACGAUCACUUGACAGCCAUCUCCAAGGACACUCGUCGCCAACACAUAAAACAUCCAACCACAAACCAAAACAUGGCAAUCUCCACCACCACCAAAGCCACAACAGCAUCAGAGCAGACUGUUUCUCUCGCCCAAGUCCGGGCAACAAUGCGCAGCAGCACCAACGACAACAAAUAUUGGAAGUGCUGGCAGUCGAGGUUUCGAAAGACACAAGCUUGCCUUUUGGCUGAUGAUGUAUGCCCAGUGGAAGAGCGGCACAUGGAGUUAACUCCUGAUGAUGCAGACUCUUUCAGAGCGAAGCAAGAGAGUGUAAAAUAUAUUCGCCGAGCCGUGAGAACCAGCUUCACUGCACGGACCAUGCGAAUGCCAAGACUAUCAUUAUCAUCUCCUGUUGCAUCCUCCCUCACCCAUGGAUCAUGCCAUGACAUUGCCAUGAUGUGUGCUAUGGCAGCACAGUCUCCCUUCACAUCUGUGUAG